AUGUGCCGCACUAAAGCCCGCGUCGAGCCGCGUGCCCAAGCACUGGAACAAACCCUAACUCCUACCCCCGCAUCCAAGAUGGUUGCCCAACGGCAACGAUCCAGUUCAUGUAGCAGCCGCCGCCACCUCGCCGGCUCUCUCAUGUUCCUCGCGACGACCGCCUUCGCGCUCCUCCUCCCCCGCUCGUCGCCCCUCAGCUAUGGCAUCGUUAUUGACGCCGGCAGCACGGGGAGCCGCGUCCACGUCAUCACCUACCACGCGGGCGCGCUCCUGCAGCUGGAUUGGUCGCGCACGUCGUCACUGAAGGCCACCCCUGGUUUGUCCUCGUUCGCAGCCGACCCAGGCAGCGGGGGCCUGUCGAUCGCCCCGCUAUUGGAGUUCGCAAGGCGGCACGUGCCGCGGGAUAGUUGGGUUCACACCGAGGUGCGACUCAUGGCCACGGCCGGAGUCCGUCUGCUUGAUGUCACGACUGCUGAAGCGAUCAUGGAGUCAUGCAGGGAGCUGCUUCGGGGGUCAGGCUUCCGUUUCCAGGAUCAGUGGGCCACUAUGAUCUCAGGAGCUGAUGAAGGGAUUUAUGCAUGGGUUGCGGCAAAUUAUGCAUUGGGUACUCUCGGUGGUGCUAGACAAGAUACUACUGGGAUAAUUGAGCUUGGUGGGGCUUCUAUUCAGAUAACGUUCGCCACCGAUAAACCUAUGCCUCCGGAGUUCUCCCACGUGUUCAAGUUCGGCGAUAUCACAUAUAACCUGUACAGCCACAGUUUUCUACAUCUUGGUCAGAAUGUAGCAUAUGAAUCACUCCAUGAUUUGCUGAGCACACCCCUUAAAUCAAUGUCCACACAUUUAAUUCAUCAAGCUACAUACAGAGAUCCUUGCACCCCAAGGGGAUUUUCACGCAUGGCGGGACCAGUUAAACUUCCCGCUAGUGUUCUCGAGUCCAAGGCUGACUACAAACAUUUUGCUCAUGCGGUUGGCAACUUCUCCGAGUGUAGAUCUGUGGUGAGAACAUUAUUGCAGAAAGGACAAGAGGAAUGUAUAUAUCAUGAUUGUCGUCUGGGAGCAGCAUUUGUACCAGACCUGGAAGGAAAAUUCUUAGCAACCGAGAAUUUCUACCAUACCUUGAAGUUCUUUGGGCUCCGUUCGAAGUCUUUUCUUUCUGAUUUGAUGCUGGCUGGAGAGCAAUUUUGCCAUGGGGACUGGUCAUCAAACAUUAAAAGGAAGUACCGGUCUUUCAAUAAGGGGGAACUGCUCCUUUUUUGCUUCUCCUCAGUGUAUAUUGUGGCCUUACUGCAUGAUACUCUAAAAGUGCCCAUGGAUCAUAAGAACAUUGAUGUUACAAAUCAAAUUCGGGGUGUGCCAGUUGACUGGGCAUUGGGCGCUUUCAUUGUGCAGAAAAACUAA